AUGACGGAUUGGACCAUAACGAGCCCACGAGGCCCUCGGGAGCAUGUACACCAUGACAACAACGUUUAUCAAAUCCACCGAGCUCCCUCGUGGUGUUCUAAUGGUGUCUAUCGCCUCAUCACGGUGCUUCCCCUCCCUCAGAGGCCUGGCAUCCCAAACGUGUCACCCGCCAAACCGGCUGGUUAUGGGCGGGUGCCGGCACCUCGGUUUGGUCCUAGCGAUGGCACAAGCAACGAUACCUUCCCACCAAAUCCUGUAAAUAUGGCACCUAUUGAAUUUCCCAUAGAUUUCGAACCAGAAGGAAUCGACUACACUUCCGUUCGGUUCAAACCAGCUGCUCUCUUAGGAGAAUCCCUUUUCUCCGACUGGCCCAGCGCACAGCCAGCCACGUGGAUAAUCGCGCCACAUUCGGAGCAUGCAAAACAUUCGCCACAACAUACCGAAAUUGCCGAUGACGGGUUCCCGGCAUCGAGCAGCACCCCGACAAUAGAAAGCUCUAGCUCCGAUGAUAGCUUCCAGCAUCCGGUUAAGCGCAAACCACUCCCAGUUCAAUGUAUCGAGCCUGGCUGUAAUAUGCGCACUUUUUCAGACAGAGCAUGUUUGCUCCGACACCUACGAGAGGUGCAUAAAAUCUCCAACCGCUACAAAGUCCCCGGGACCUACCCCUGCCAAAUCGCAGAAUGUCCACGCUCAACCAAACCUUUCUCUCGACUUUGGAACCUUCAAAACCACAUGAAAAUUCAUGGGCGGUGGAAUGAAGGUCAGCUUGAAACUUCUGCAAUGCCACCAGUGGAGCGAACGAAACGCCAAAAGUCGGAAAGAGAUAUACGUUUAGACGAUGUGAGAUAUAUAUCUUUGGAUAGUUUGGAUCCCAAGGGUCCACCGCAGUCUCUACAGUCUAGGCUGGAGUCACUUGUGAAGCAGAGAGGAGAGUUGGAUGAGAAGAUUAGGGCACUCGAAAAUGCGCAGCGCAUUGUGGAGGAUAUGGACUGCUGUAAAAAGGGUUAUAAUGGCAUAUUUGAGAGUUAA